UACGACCGCUACGUGUCCAUCUGCAAACCCCUGCACUACGGGACCCUCCUGGGCAGCAGAGCUUGUGCCCACAUGGCAGCAGCUGCCUGGGCCAGUGGCUUUCUCGAUGCUCUGCUGUAUACAGCCAAUACAUUUGCCCUGCCCCUGUGUCACGGCAAUGCCCUGGUCCAGUUCUUCUGUGAGGUGCCCCAGAUCCUCAAACUCUCCUGCUCACACUCCACCUUCAGAAAAAUUUGGAUUUCAUUGGUUGCUGCCUCUUUAGCUUUUGGCUGUUUUGUGUUCAUGGUUUUCUCCUAUGUGCAGAUCUUCAGGGCUGUGCUGAGGAUCCCCUCUGAGCAGGGACGGCACAAAGCCUUUUCCACCUGCCUCCCUCACCUGGCCGUGGUCUCCCUGUUCCUCAGCACUGGCACAUUUGCCUACCUGAAGCCACCCUCCAUCUCCUCCCCAUCCCUGGAUCUAGCCCUGUCAGUUCUGUACUCGGUGGUGCCUCCACUAAAAUCUGAGCCGGAAUCCUCCGACCCUGUCUCGGGCUCCGAGCUCGAAUCCGAGUCCGAGCCGAAAGUCGACCCCUGCCAGAACGCCCACUAG